UACAGGUUUUUAUCUGGAAAAAGUGCGGCCAUUGAUUGGGGUGGAUCUGUUGUGGACGUAACAACUAAAUCAUCUAUACAAGGAUUGAAUUUCAGAAGAUCGGUUGUACUUGACAAUGAAGUUCAUCAUGUCGUUAUUCGUCUACUUAAUGGCAGUAAUCUUACUUGGCGUGGAUCUGACCAUGGGACAAGGUGUUUUUUGUAUAGGAAACCCUGGAAAAGUGGAAGUCCCUGAUCUGAAGAUAAAUCAGAAGUAGGCAGACCUGUACUAGCAUUUAUGACAUGCAGCACUCUACAUAAUCCAAACGCACUAGUAUCUAGUAUAGUAUCUGGCAAUGCGAAUGGUAUUUUUGCCACAGAAGUAUUAAAUGGUGUCACUGUAACUGUUAAUCUAGUAAGAGAACUUGAUUAUGAAACAACUCAAGUACACAAAUUAGAAAUCAGAGCUAGAGAUGGGCCAGUUGGUGAACUUUGGGACGAAGAACUUACUAUCGUUGUGCUAGAUGUGAAUGACAAUUUUCCGGUUUGUGACAAGACAAUUUACCAAGUUUCUCUGGGAGAAUAUACACCAAAAUAUACAGAGGUUUUAAAAUUGAAUUGUUCAGAUGAUGAUGUGUCGAGCGACUAUAAUACACUGAUAUAUAGGAUAAAAGGUUCUUCCCAAGAAUUUGGGAUAGAUUCUACGACAGGUGUCAUUACAAAUAGUAAAGCCUUAAACGGAUCGGAUAAACCAUAUAAUUUGACGAUUGACGUAAGCGAUGGAAACAAUCCUACAGAAAUAACAGUAUUAAUCAAUCAUGAUAGCUCGCCAGGUAACUCGACUGAUUCCAUCGACGGAGAUAAUCCGAAAGGUAACUCGACUGGUUCUGUAAAUGAAUGCAAUGGAGGUAUUGCUAUCCCGUUGAAUGAAGGAGUGCAGUGCCUUUGUCCACCUCAUAAGCAAGGCCCAAACUGUACUGAUGAUGUCCCAGAUGUCGAAUCAGACUGCGAAUGGCCCUCAAAUGAGGACGCAUGUAGCACAGAGCCCUGCUACGGGGAAGGUGCUGUCUGUAUCAACACAUUUGGAGAGAACUUUAAGUGUCUCUGCCCACCCGGAAUGGAGGGUGACCGAUGCAACACAGGUUCCCACUGCUUCUCGUGUUCAAGUGUAAGAUGGCGAAACGUCACAUGUUCUGUGUUUGAUGAUGCAUCAUUCCUUCGUGAAAUGGACUUUUCUGGCCCUCCAACAGUUACGACACGAAUGUCGAGGACGAAAUGUACGAACGAUAAAUGGGGCUUUGACGAUGGCAAUGGUGACAUGUGGGUAGCUAAGGGAUGUAGAGCAAAGUUUUGCAUAGAAUUCGAAAAAUCGGUGUCUUCCUGAAUAUAUAGCAUUGUGGACCAUAAUCAAAGAGCCUAGGGUUUAACUGUUCUUCCCCUGUCUUCAUAUUCUACAUUACUAAAAACUAUUUCUCCGGACAAUAAAUGAUGGACUGCAAAUACAUUGAUACCAGUGAACGAAUGAUUCAUUGGAAUCUGAUGGACUCAUUCUAGUAACCCGAAGAUAAAAAAAAUCAAAAUUAAAAUUACACUGGAAUAAGUCGUGAGCUGGUGAAUACCUUUUGAUAUUCAACGGAAGUCACGUGACUUCCGUUGGAUAUCGCUUGUAAUUUUUAGUCACAUGUAAAACAUGGACCAAUCAGAGAGUGAGGAAUAUGACAGUGAUUUAAUAAAAUCUAUUAUUAUUUCCAUGCCGUGAUAUUCGUUCUCUCAUUGGUC